UCCUUCUCUUGGUGUUGGCUACGGAAGCCGAGUCGGGGAAGCGGCUGGUAACGCGGCGGUGGCGCUUGUGGGUCUCCACCCGAGAGCAUGGCGACCGCGGAUGUGUCGGUGCGCGGAAGAAGAGGCGAAAGGAAAGCACAGAGGAGGGACUGUUUUCUCUAAACCGCUAACAUUCAGCUGCUCUAAAGACAAUCUGUUGUUGUUAUUUUAAUUUUUAGCUGCGAGAUUCCGGGUGAAGCUUUGUUAGCUUAGCCAGUACCGCAGCUAAUGUUCCUGUGCGCAGGAGUAGCACCGUUUUUCCUCCUCGGAUGAUUUAGCCGCCGUUGGGAGGCGUGCAGCAGCCUGGAUUGCGGUAAAAGUGGCGAUGAUGCACCGCUUCGUCUCCGUUUCCUCGCUGGGGCUCCGCGCCUUUGUGCGCCGCUUGUUUACUUCGCCAAGCUAAAGGCAAGAAGGGGCGCCAGGAGCAGCAGCAUGGGAGCCGCUCUGUCACCGGCAUUAUAGCGAAACUUGGUCUUUGAUUCCGCGUUUUAAAUGAAGAAUACCGGGUGCUAGUGCACACUUUCUGUUGUUUGUUGUUUCUCCGCCUUGAACGGUGCGUUAAAAGCGAUGCGCGAGUACAAAGUGGUGGUGCUGGGCAGCGGCGGCGUGGGCAAGUCCGCCCUCACUGUGCAGUUCGUCACCGGCACGUUCAUCGAGAAGUACGACCCGACCAUCGAGGACUUUUACCGCAAGGAGAUCGAGGUGGAUUCGUCGCCCUCGGUGCUCGAAAUCCUGGACACGGCGGGCACGGAGCAGUUCGCCUCCAUGCGCGACCUGUACAUCAAGAACGGUCAGGGCUUCAUCCUGGUGUACAGCUUGGUGAACCAGCAGAGCUUCCAGGACAUCAAGCCCAUGCGGGACCAAAUCAUCCGUGUGAAAAGGUAUGAGAAGGUGCCGGUGAUCCUGGUGGGCAAUAAAGUGGAUCUGGAGAGUGAGCGGGAGGUGUCGGUGAACGAGGGUCAGGCUCUGGCUGAGGAAUGGGGCUGCCCCUUUAUCGAGACCUCCGCCAAGAGCAAGACCAUGGUGGAUGAACUGUUUGCCGAAAUCGUGCGACAGAUGGACUACGCAGCGCAGCCCGACAAAGACGAUCCCUGCUGCUCCUCCUGCAAUAUACAAUAACCCUCCAUCACGAGGGCUCGUGCAAACUCACACUCACAUAUGCACACGUCACACACCGCACAUACAUGCACAAACAUGCAGGCACAGUCAUAUACAUUUACAAAAUACACAUAAAUUUCAGUAGAUGUUCUUUCUGGUGCAUCAGCUUUCUCAUAGUGUAAUUCAUUCUGGCGUGUAUAUGUCCGAAUGAGGAGGUUUGAUCACUUUACCUGACUGACUCACUAAGAAGUGCACUGGCCUUAUGCGUGAGGGUCCUGUUUCCUAAUGGAGUAGGGGUGUGCAUUACUCCUGAGGUUUAACACUAUUUAACCAUUUUGAUAAUUUUUUUUUCAUGAAUUGUUUUCCUGUUGACCCAUUUUGAUGGAAGAUGCGCUUCUAAUCACAUAACUUAGAGCUCUUACAGCUGAGGGAUCGACUUCCACAACCUCAGCCAUUAAACUUUAAUAAAAGAUUGAUUAGAGGUAGAAAAAGAUAAGAUGAAACACCCACUCCAACACUACCAAAAAAAUACAUUUCAAACACGUCCUUUCCCCCUUUGGUCUCAGUUGUUCUGAAGGAUGGAAUUGUAGAUUAUUCUGUUUUGGGGUUUUUGUUGUUUUUUUGUUUCCUCCUUGAACAUCAGUGUGAUGUUGUGUAUCAGUUGUGUGUUCUCUAUCUGGGAGAUGAUGACAGGACUCUGACCACAGAAAUCCCAGGCCUCUUUCAGUUACUGUGGAGCUUUCAUCAUCCACUGUUUGAAUUUUGCUCCGAGUUGGGUUAAACAUUCUUCACAUGGUGCCAUCAAACUCCACUCUAGGGCUAGCGUUUCAUAUAAAAGGUGCACAGGGAGAAAACCAAUUUCAAACAGUAAAGAUGAUGAUGAUGACGACGACGGUUAUCUACGUAAAUACCCAUGUGAAUUUUGCCAGUUCCACUCUGGCUCGUCCUUGCUGUGGGCUUGUGGACUGAGUGCAUGGCCAGAAAACUGAGCAGCCUGAAACCGAUUUAAAGAGUUUGAGCCAAAACGACGAUCACUCCGGUCAGACCAGAGCAGCGAGGUGCUGUGUAUUCAUUGUUGAUUUUAUAUUUUUUUAUGUGAACAUUUAUUUUCUCCUUCUUGGAUGAAUGAUGACACUCUUUCAUUUGGCACCUCAAUAAAAUGUGUUCAACACA